AUGUUCGCCCGGAGACGACUGGUAUCGUCCCUGGGGACGGUCCGGCAAUUCUCAGCGUCAUCCAGACUAUCGCUGGACCUCGCACAUCAUGUCUACCAUAACCCCCAAGCAUCUGAAGCUGCGCAAUCCAAUGCCAGGCCGAUCAUAUUCAUGCAUGGGCUCUUCGGCUCCAAGCAGAAUAACAGGGGUAUGAGUAAGGUCCUGGCAAGCCAGCUGAACUCUUCAAUCUAUGCCAUCGACCUCCGAAAUCAUGGCGACUCACCUCAUGCGCCGGAACAUAACUACCAGGCUAUGGCAGAUGAUGUCGAGAAAUUCAUAAAGAGCCACCGACUGGAAAGGCCGGUCCUAUUAGGGCAUUCGAUGGGAGCGAAAGCAGCCAUGAUACUUGCUCUUCGUGCCCCAGAUUUGGUCUCCGCGGUUAUCUCGGUCGAUAAUUCUCCGAUCAGUACUCGAUUGAGUGAUAACUUUUUGUCAUACGUCCAAGCCAUGCAGGAAAUAGAGAAAGCCGGAGUGACUAGACAGAAAGAAGCAGACGAAAUUUUACAGCGCGUGGAGCCGUUCCUCCUGACAAAUCUUGCACGGCAACAGGGUGAAGCUGCCUUACGAUUUCGAAUUCCCUUGGCUACUCUCGGUGACUCGUUGAGUAAUCUGGCAGGCUUCCCAUUUACCGAGUCGGACGGUGUCAAGUUCGAAGGUCCGGCCCUUUUCCUGAGGGGGACUCGAAGCGACUAUAUCAAGGAUAAGUCCGUGCCUAUAAUUCGACACUUCUUCCCAGAAUAUAAGCUGAGAGAUAUCGAUGCUGGACACUGGCUUAUAUCUGAGAACCCCGAGGCUUUUAAGACAGCUGUUGUGGAUUUUAUGAGGGAUCUACAUUGA